AUGGAGCCCUUGGAGAAGGUGGCUGAGAAUGUGGCAGCCUUGAGGCAAGAAAUCUCUGAGCUGAAGACAUCAGUUGCUGAAUCCAGAAGUGAAGUAAAAGCUUGCAAUGAGAGGGUUACGAAAGUUGAAAUCCACCUGGAGAGGAUAGACAUGGAUAUCCACGAGCGUGAUCAGUGGUCCCGCAUGAAUAACGUUGAGGUAAAAGGAGUACCGCAAGGUAAAAAUGAAAACCUCUUCAAUAUCAUGAAGACUUUGGGGGAUAAGAUUAAUUACAAGAUAGAUAAAAGUUAUUUUAACUUUUAUACUCGAGUCCAGUCUAUGGAUCCAAAAAAUCCUAAGCCCAUCAUUGCGUGCUUCCAUAGUAGGUACGUCAAAGAGGAUUUUAUAGCUGCAGCAAGGUUAUACAUGAAGAGUUCACCUUUGGCGUCAUCGGACUUGGGACUCGCCGGAAACUCGAGGAUAUUCGUGAACGAUCACCUGACGGCUCGAAACAAGGAUCUUUUAGCAAAAGCCAAAAAGGCGGCCCGGGAAAUGGACUUCAAGUAUAUAUGGGUGAAGCAUACAAAAAUAUUCUUGCGGAAAACCGAUACCUCACCUAUAUUAAACAUAAAAUCGGAAAAGGAUCUUCUCAAAAUUGUUUAG